AUGCAAGCUUAUCCCAGCAGUGAUCAGGGCUACUAUCCCCCUACUCAGUACGCCCAGCCGCAGACAACCUACUACCCGCAAUACACACCCUACCACCCAUACCUUCCCCCACAGCAGCCAGUGGCUCCGCAAUAUUCGACGUAUUCCGCACAAUAUGACCAGUCGCCGCAGUACCCUACGCCAGCACCGGCAAGGAGGAAGCUGAGCCGUGGAGCAUCUACAGGUGGUGUCCCGACAACCUCCAACCGUCCAGGCACUCCAGGAGCCCCCCGUAGGUCUGCAAUGAAGAAACAUGGAGACCGAGCUCCAUCUGCCAGUGCGGUUUCACUCUCCAGACAAACCAGUGCCUCCGAUGCUCGUCAGAGGGUCAACUCCCUCACUCGUCCCCGCUCAAAUUCUGCCUCCCAUUUUCUUCCAGAUCAUCUUUUUGUAUCGUUCAUUGGUUCCAACGAACUCCGUGUGGAGAAUAUAUGCUAUCAGACCACACUCGAUGGGCUUCGCGAAGCUAUCCUUCCAAUGUGGCCUCAAGGCGUCUCUUUUCAAGACAGCCGCGGUCACGGUUGGCGUGUUCAAUUCGCAGGUAGCCCUUGGACGAGCACAAGAACAGAUGCAAUACUUGCACAACGAUUGAUUUGCCGCCUCUAUAUGAUCUUGGCUAAACAGGGAUAUUCAUAUCUUACGACGGUUCAAACGGGCUACACCCCGCAGCCUCCACGAAUGAUUUUCGUCGACUCGAUACCUGACCUCGACGUGGAAGUGUUUCUGAUAACUUUCUCUCGCUCAAAGCUGAGACUACGACUCCUGGAUGCGCCCCCCGGUAUCGUGCAACAACUUGAGGCCAGCUUGCGCGCUGUUUUUCCGCGGAAAAUCUCAUCGCAUGCUGAGCAUGAAGACGGCAUUCAUGUCAUUGAGGUCAAGCGAGAAGGAAUCCGGCCGCGAGAUCAGGACAAGAAUCUCUUUCUUGCAUGCGUGUUACGAUUAUUGAAUACUGUGGGUUUCAAACUCGACGGGAGCAUUCCCCUGGGCAAGAGGGGACCAUUUGGGUUUGGUCCACGGCAGGAAGCUUGGAUAUUCAGAAGCACGAUGCGGCAGUUGGAUGGCCGUCAGAAGUCAUGA